UACCUGGACACAGACUUCAUUGUGCUUAGGAACUUGAAGAACCUCACCAAUGCCCUGGGUAUCCAGUCUCAGGAUGUACUGAAUGGGGCCUUUCUGUCCUUCAAACCCAAGCAUGAGUUCAUGGAACUUUGCAUGAAGGACUUUGUGGAGAACUACAACGGCCAGAUCUGGGGCCACCAGGGCCCAGAGCUCCUAACGCGUGUCUUCAAGAAGUGGUGCCCCAUCAGUUAUAUCCAGAACAACAUGAGCUGCAAAGGGGUGCGUGCUCUUUCCCCAGAAGUCCUUUAUCCGAUUUUCUGGGGGGACUGGAAGAAGUUAUUUGAUACGGUCAACUCCUCAGAGCUUCACAGGCUCCUUAAGAACACCUACGCGGUGCAUGUGUGGAACAAACUGAGCCACGGGACACGGCUAGAGAUCACAUCGCAGGCUUUUCUGGCCCAGCUGUAUUCUCAGUUCUGCCCUGCCACGUCUACAAAGAUGAAGAGGGACUCUGAAGGGCAGUCGAGGCCUGUAAUGUGACCCGUGGGCCCUUGGCUGCAGGGACGUUCCCCAACGUGAAGGAAACAGAGUGCCUUUCACCUUCCGCAGAGUUGGCUUCUAGCCCACGGAGCCAGUAUUCUGUGCGACAAGGCAGUCGUUUUGUACCAUUUCCGAUAUCUGCCUCAGAUCCCACGUGCUUCAAGUAUACACCAGGACCUGAGUUUUGGACUCUCUUGUUGUUCUUCAGUAGCCCUUGAUGCUGCAGGGAAGGGUGAACUUUUUCAUGGGUGCCUAUCAGUUGCUGCCUAUUGCUGUUCUCUCAAUUGUAUCAGGCCUGAAACGCCUCUCGUGUCAUUUCAACAGGCGUAGGAACCCUUGGCUUGCUCUCUGUAACGCUUCUGAGUAUGUCAAUAAAUGCCGGACAGUGCUGUAGGGCAUGGUUUGGAGGAGCUUAGGACCAAACUCCCUGGGUGGUAAAGAUUCUAACGGCUGGUGAAGUUUUGGGAGAGACUGUGAGUAUAUGAAACUCACUUUAAGAAAUGGAAAAGAU